AGCCCGGACUUUGGGCCUUUUCUUGUGUCCUGUUUGUUAAAGGCAUGCUGGCUACCGCAUUCAAGAGAGAGCCGUUCCUUAACAAAGAAAAGAGAUAAAUGUAAAUAAGCUCACAUUUUCAGAAUGAGCCGUUUUUUGUAAGAGCUUCGGCAGCCCAGAGUCUGUUACUUUGGGCUGGGUAACCUUUCCCUGUAAAAAACUAGUGGAUUAAAAUAUGCACUUCUAAAGUGCAAGUUGCCCAUUUACAUGUUUAUUAGCUAAUUGUCUACAGGCAUGAGCACAUUCUUUCAUCUUGCACACUCUUUCUUGGGGAGGAAAAUAUUUCUUACCAGUCUCUAGUCUCAAAGUGGUGAACCCUGCAGCCAGCAGGCCUUCUGAGAAAAAAAAAAAAAAAUCCAUGGGUGACAGAAGAUUCAUUGACUUUCAAUUUCAAGAUUUAAAUUCAAGCUUCAGACCCAGGUUAGGCAAUGCUACUGCCAAUAAUACUUGCAUUGUUGAUGAUUCCUUCAAGUAUAAUCUGAAUGGUGCUGUCUACAGUGUUGUAUUCAUCCUGGGUCUGAUAACCAACAGUGCCUCUCUGUUUGUCUUCUGCUUCCGCAUGAAAAUGAGAAGUGAGACUGCUAUUUUCAUCACCAAUCUGGCCCUUUCUGAUUUGCUCUUUGUCUGCACUCUACCUUUCAAAAUAUUUUACAAUUUCAACCGUCACUGGCCUUUUGGUGACACCCUUUGCAAGAUCUCUGGGACUGCAUUCCUCACCAACAUCUAUGGGAGCAUGCUAUUCCUCACCUGUAUUAGCGUGGAUCGUUUCCUGGCCAUUGUCUAUCCCUUCCGAUCUCGUACCAUUAGGACAAGGAGGAAUUCUGCCAUUGUGUGUGCUGGAGUCUGGAUCCUAGUCCUCAGUGGUGGUAUUUCAGCCUCAUUGUUCUCCACCACUAAUGUCAACAAUGCAACCACCACCUGCUUUGAGGGCUUCUCCAAACGUGUCUGGAAGACUUAUCUGUCCAAGAUCACCAUAUUUAUUGAAGUUGUUGGUUUCAUCAUUCCUCUGAUAUUGAAUGUCUCUUGCUCUUCUGUGGUGCUAAGAACCCUCCGCAAGCCUGCUACACUGUCUCAAAUUGGGACCAAUAAGAAAAAAGUGCUGAAGAUGAUCACAGUGCAUAUGGCAGUCUUUGUGGUAUGCUUUGUACCCUAUAACUCUGUCCUCUUCCUGUAUGCCUUAGUGCGCUCCCAAGCCAUUACCAAUUGCUUGUUGGAAAGAUUUGCAAAGAUUAUGUACCCCAUCACCUUGUGCCUUGCAACUCUGAACUGUUGCUUUGACCCUUUCAUCUAUUACUUCACUCUUGAGUCUUUUCAGAAGUCCUUCUACAUCAAUACCCAUAUCAAGAUGGAGUCCCUGUUUAAGACUGAAACACCUCUGACCACAAAGCCUUCCCUUCCAGCUAUUCAAGAAGAAGUUAGUGAUCAAACAACACAUAAUGGUGGUGAAUUGAUGCUAGAAUCCACCUUUUAG